GGAAUCAGGAGCUCAGCCUCAUGGCGGAUCGAGGGGCCGCCCCCUGACGCCGACGGGCCGAGUCGCUGAGGCUGAAUCGCAGCGGCAGCUAGCUAGCGGACCUGUAUAUCAAUGUCAUGCCCAGAAGGCCAAAGGCCGCCAUGGUACCGCUGCAUUGCGGAAUCAAAGAAAGUUAAACACACACACGCAAAGGUAUGGCAUUCGGCAAACUUCGUAGCACAGGUGUUGAAAUCCAACUGCAGCAGCUCUUUGUGAAGAACCCUGCGGGAACCUUGCAUUCCCUCAUUGAGCUGGCCUGACGUGCACCGAUAGCAACAUUGGGGCCAGCAGAUUGGCAAGUGUAGCCAUAUAGGAGCAUGGCGUCGUGGAGGCCUGUGGGGUGGGACCAGGCACAAGGAGCAGGGGCCUCUGGUCUUUCUAGGUCUCAGAAUGAAGCAAACGGCGCACUUCCGUACCACUACAGGCAGGGCAGCCUGGGGAGCUGGGAGCAGACGCAUGCUGGCAUUGGAGCAGGCACAGUUUCUGCAUCACCUUACCACCUGGGGCAGCCACCACUUUCCUGGCAAGCCCCACCCGCUUUCUACCCUCCUGGGGGCGCCAUUCACGAGCCAGUCCCCAGCCACGCGCCCCAGUACACUGUGCAGCAUCCGUCAAUGGUCCACCCCGCCAGCCAGCUGGCAGCCCCCCCACUGCAACAACCGGGUGGUCCGCCUGCGUAUGGGCAGACCAGGAGGCCAUCCCCGGCAUGUCCCCACCGGUCGCCUCCCUCCAGCACCGCACUUGCUCCGCGCUCAGUGCCCAACACGAUAGCGGCACAGCAGAAAGGCGUGCUGGUCAGCCCGGUGGCUUACCGGGCGGGGGGUGCCAUUGCCCCCCUGGUCAAGAACGCCAUCAGCCUGCUCAACGAGGCCUGCCAGAAGCUCAAGCUGGCCGCCCCCGCCUACUCCUUCUCAACGGACCAAGUAACUGCCCGCCACACCGCCACCCUCAUUGUCUGUGGCCAGACGUUCACGCAAACAGGCCCCUCCAAGCCAGCGGCCAAGAAUGCGGUAGCCGAGGCUGCGCUGAACGGCGUUCCGGGACUGCGCAAUUGGGUCCCGGUUGCUCAGGGCGGGCCGCCAGCCGCGGCAGUGGCGGGCGCUGCGCCCAAAGAUCCCAUGAGCGCCCUCAACGAGCUGUGCCAGAAGCGUGGGGUGCAUGCUGUCUUCAGCUUCUCGGAGGACGCGGGCGACCGCUGGGUGGGGCCCACGCACACGGCCAGCCUGGCCAUCGCAGGGCGCUUCUUUGUGGCGGGCGCCCCACGCAAGGACGUUGCCAAGAAGCUGGCGGCGCGCGCAGCCCUCGAGAGCCUGCAAGGACCUGACGCACAGCCCGCCCAACAGCGACCCCAAGUGGCGGGCAAGCCAGCCCAGAGCGCAGCGCCAGCAGUGACGGCACAGGAAAUAGCGGCGCUGGCGCAGAUGCUCCCAGGGGUGGGCCCCGCCACUGCAGGCAGCGCAACGCAACCGCAGCAGGCAGGAAGGACCCCUCCUGUUACCAGCAGCGCAGGAGAGGGGGCCCAGAACAAAGAGGGGCCCCCAGAAGGCCCUUCUGCCGCCAGGGUCGAGUUGGCCCUGACUGACGGUUCUCAGUCCAGAGAAUCUGGGACCGCGCCAGCUGCGCCGCAAGCCAGUCACUUGGUAGAACCUGCAACCAGCCCCGGCCCAGCAUUGGGCAAGCGGGUGUAUGCUUCGGUGGCGGGCACCGAGAAGGACCCGGUGAGCCUGCUCAACGAGUACACCAUGCGCCGAGGGGCACACUUCGAGAUCGUGGUCCGGCGGCUGCCGACAGUCACGCCCGCGUUCGUGGCCGAGUUUGCGGUGGACGGCCGCACGUUCACUGCGGAGGGCCUGAGCAAGGGGGAGGCCAAGAAAGGGGUGGCGGACGCAGUGCUGCAGCACCUGGAGGCACAGCGGCCGGGGACACUGGAGGAGCUCACGCGGGGGAAGGCCAAGAAGGCGCGGAAGGAAACAGCACAGGCGGAGCCGUCGCCCGCAGUUCAGGGCGAGGGGCCCAAGAAGCUAGAGAGGGAGCGGGCAGACAAGAAGAGGAAGUUGGGAGGCCGCGACUCCCAGCAGGAUGAUGGGAAGACGGAGGGAGCGGGGAGCAAUGCGUUCGCUUACAAGUUGGCGAAGGUGGCGUGCCGUAAGUACCGGCAGCUGCCGGCAAGCAGCAGCGCGCAGCCUGGGAAGAAGGUUCUGGCGGCCAUCAUCCUGGAGCUGCCAUCCCCCGCCGGCGAGCCUGCGCUGCGCUGCGUGGCCCUGGGCACGGGCAGCCACUCCGCCCCGCAGCUGGCCCGCGACGACGCCUCCCUGCGCGACUGCCGCGCAGAGGUGCUGGCCGUGCGCGCGUUCCGGCGCUUCUUGUGCACGCAGCUGGAGCGAGAGCUGCACGAGGAGAGGCGACGAGGAAGGACGGCGUUGGAGACGGUCAACCCGGACCCCGUCGAGGAAUCAGACGCUGCUGCAAACGGCGGAGAUGCAGCUGCCGAGGCAGGCCCCGCAGUGGCGGCGGAAGGCGGGGGGGGUGCGAUGGAGGCAGUGGGCGAGGCAGCCCGGGACAGCGUCAAGAGCGACGAGGAGGAGAGCGGCAGCGCGAAGGAGGAGCCGCUGGACGACGUGCGGGGAGGGAAGAAAGCCAAGGUCGAGAUGACGGAGGGCGUGAGCGACGACCAGCCGGCAGAGGCUACCCCGGAUGCCUGGGCUCUGGGCCUGGAGAGCGGGGGACCAGGGGCGGAUACGCCAGAGCCGGUCCCAGAACCUGGGGCAGAGGCAGAAGCGGUUCGUCUAGAUAACCCUGCGGAAGCAAACGGGCAGGUGGCUGGCACAGAGACCGGGGCUGCGGAGGAGGACUCCGUAGUCUGCCGCGAUGAGAGCGGGGGCCGGUGGCGGCUGCGGGACGGCGUCAAGGUGCACCUCUGGGUGUCACGGCCGCGGGCGCAGCAGGCGCACAACGGAGCAGUGGAAGAUAUGGAAAGGGAGACGCGGCAAGUCAAGGUGCUGCGCUGGACCGUGGUGGGCGUGCAGGGCGGCCUGCUCGCGCACCUGCUGCCGCCCGUCUACCUCACCUCCGUUACGGUCAACGCGGACGCGGAGCUGUACCGGAAUGCCGGCGCGCUGGCCGGCCUGGCGGAACGCCUGCCGGAGCCGUUCACGGUGAGGCAGCCCCAGGUGGCACAGGCCUUCUCGUGCGUCUCGGGGACGUUCCGCGUCGAGACGGGCGCCCCGAUGACGGAGUGCGGCGAGAGCUGGGCAGAGGGGGACGAGGGGCUGGAGAGAGUGCGCUCCGAGGACGGCAGGCUGGAUGCCCCGCCGGGGGGGGAGUCGCGGCUGUCGCGGCGGCGCAUGUUCGAGCAGGUGCGGCAGUUGGGAGAUGCCGGCGCGGGGGUCGAGAGUGCCGCUGUUACCGCCGAGCGAGACGAGCAGCCGCCAGCCGCACGCGCAUUUGAGAGCGUGGAGACCGCAAAGAGAGCGGCGGUGCAGUACCGGGCAGCCAAGGAGGUGCUGGCGGGGUUCCUGGAUGAGCGGAGGCGGGCAGAGACGGGUGCCAGCGUGGAACGGGAGAGCGUAGCGAAACCAGACUUGGCGACUUGAGUACGUCAAAAGGCCUCAUUGGGCCAGUCCGACAGUACCGCCUUUCUUUCCGAAUUGUUGCUUGCUGCUUCUGGUAAGAUUUUGUUAGCGCGCUUUACAACCUCCAUUAUCUUACAAGCCUUGACACCUAAGUGAUUUUUUGCAUUACCUUUACACGGGACGAAAGUCAAGGAUGAGUCAAUGUCAGAUUAGGGGAUCGAAUGCUUACGUCAAAUGAGACACUUUUCAAAGGGACUCCAGGAAACAAACUUGGAGCUUAUAGUGCAGGUCCAGGAUGCAUAUGCCUAUGUUCUUACUGUAAGUGGCUUCAAGAAUUACAGCAUUCAUUUCAGGAUUGGGAAACUUUAAUGGUCGGACGAAUUAAAACGAACGACUGCAUGGUAAAAAUGGCAAGCAGCUCGCAGUCGCGCUCUGAUUCUUUAGAAUCUACAUCUAGGUAGUACAUGG